GUCAGUGGAGUUUGGUCGCCGCUUCGGGCGCCGCGACGCUCCUUCAAGGCGGGAAGUCUAAAUUUACCGUCUCGCCCCUCAACGGUACGAAUCGUGAUUCACGCACCCGUUCAACGUUUACGUUCAGCAAUUAUUUCCACGAGCGGUUAUGAGUCCGUUGAAGAGUCAUCGCGUGUCAGAGACCGAGGUCGAAAAGCUCGGAACCUCGUCGUCGAUCGCAGGAUAGAAAAGUGGGAAUGAUAAAGAAAAGCUUACCAUCGGUUCACGGUGCAUGGCCUGUUUCUUUUUCUCGACUCGGAGGUUGCCGGGAGGCGAAGGAAACUUUUGGGAUAAAUAUAGUUCAACGAAAAGAUGGAAAUACGGUACCAGAAGCAACGCUGAGGUCGUCGAGGAAUCGUCUGGAAUAAAUCGUUGGGUAAAAGUUAAACGAAAAGUUCCGAGCCGUGUUUAGUUGCCCUUGGUAAAAAACAGGCCCAGCCCGCUGAAUUUACUGUGCAAUGGACGUUCGUGGUACUUUGAACGUGAACGUUUAUAGAUGAAUUUUCGCUAUAGUUGCGAGGAACGAAAGUUUUCUAGAUAUACGGUUGAAUAUCGCAGAGAAAAUAGAAAACCGUGUGUUAAUUGUUGGUGAAAUGGUUUCCAACCGUUCAAGUUGACGGUAAUUAUUACCAAUUUGUCGCUGCAAUUAUCUUCAUCUGUCGAACUAUUUAACCCGCUGUGUUGGUACGGACUUCUUCCAACUUUCCCAGUGUCGACGUUAAACGAAAGUAAUCAAAAACACGAUUGCGGAAUCCUUUGUUACGAGCUUCCUGCAUUUGUUCAGGAUAAAUUAAGGCUGCCCCUACUGGCGCUGACUCGCCGAGUACGGUGAGCUUUUGUAACAACGUCUUCGCCCUGCGUACAAAGACACAAGUCUACCAUCCUCACGGAAGCCCGCACGGGAUACAGUGAAGCGGCGAUGUCCCUGCGGUUUCGUUAAUCAAGGUGCUGCUGCGUCCGAGUGUGGAUUCAACGAAUGAGAUGUCAGUGUUAUGCGUAAUUUGGGCGACGCUUUCGAUCAUCGCAUCGGUGUUCGCCUGCUCUGGAUUUUACCUGCCAUAUUGGAUACAGGGAAGGCUUUUGGGAAAAGCUGACGCAUAUUUCAGCUCCUUUCGACGAUGUAAUUAUCCCAGGCUCCGUGCACCAAACGCCGCUCCGGAGAUAGUCUACGAGUGCGCAAGAUACUCCAGUUUUUGGGACAUACCCAGCGCCUGGUGGCAGGCCAGCACUGUGACGAUAGGGGUUGGAGUGGCUCUGGCGGUGAUCACAACGCUGACUCUCCUCGCGGCAGCUUCUUCGUUCCUGCCGCAUAUCCUGAGGAUGACAAGGCCGACACGAGCCUUGGGAUCCUUGCAGCUUCUAGCGGCCGUGAUGAUGUGCGGCGGGAUCGUAAUGUACCCAGUCGGGUGGGACAACCGGGAGGUCAGAGAAUCGUGCGGCAAUGGUGCCAACGUCUAUAACUUAGGGAUGAACCGUGUCCUCCGCCCGAUAUCGAAGCGAUCUCGAUGCGUUAUCGACGUCGAUGAUCGUUGGGUGUUCGCAAGCGCGUCGCAGGAUAUUUCACGGUACUCCUUAGCGCGGAUAAUGGAUGCGAACACGACCCCUGAUCCUCUGGCGGAGUUAGCAACUGUGCAUGUCCCUGUUACGUGCAGGGCUGCUAGGGUAGUUUCCGAGGCUGGGUAGUAGUUCCUGCAAGCUAUCGGUGCAGUCAACCUUAAGGCUUCUUAACGAGGAUCAAGUACCAGCUUUAUCGUUCAACUAAAGAUUAGUGGGCAACGGUAACCGUAAACUUGUUACACACAUGGAGUACACGUGCAUCGCGCGGACCGUUAACCACGACGAAUAUUUUUGCACACACCACCGGAGCCCUGGGCUCAUUCAACGAUUAAUUAAUAGCGCCUCCUUCCUUCACCCCCUCACGUUUUAAUCCGACAAUAAAUUAUUACUCACGUGUACGCAUUAUACCCAUAAUGCGUGUUGUACGAUAGGUAUAUACUCCGGCCUUUAGAAUAUCCGCUCCACCUUCACCUCGGCUCAAAGGAUCCAAUAUCCCUCUAAUUUGUAAAUCCAAUCGAUUCUCGGCUCCCCAGUUCUCCACCGUUUUCCCAACGCUUCCAUUAUCCGCAGGUACGAUUCGACGGGAAGACAUCUUCUCUCGACCCUCCGAAGCCCCGCGAGCGGAUAAUUUACAAAUGGAAGGAGCCCUGGUAAUCAAUCUAUAACAAAGCAGUACCAAUUACUCUUUCACUCGGAUCUUCGAUACGUCCUGUUGAAUAUCAAUUCGGAAUAUGUGCUUUAUUAACGAAUUACGCAGUUUCGUGUACCUGCACGAUGGCUAUUUCAGAGCGUUACAAUUGUAUCUAAUUCUCGGUACAUUUGAACACCAAUUAAUUGAUAAUCAGACCGGGGCGUAAUCGAGUAGGUCACUACUAAUUGUUUGGCUCGUAAUACACGCCACUACGUAUAAACACAAAAAUAGAUUUCCGAAAAACUCACGAAGGGCCGGGUAUUAAUCGCCUGCUUAUCGAUCAAUCAUUCAACACUCUAACAUUCGAAGAAAUUGUACGAUCGAGCAGCCGGACAAAAGGUAUACUAAAGAAGCCAAUCGAAUAUCAAUUAUCAUCGUUUUGUGUGCGUAACUCCGUAUUGCUGAUGCUUGACAGGUAUCAGAUUUCUCGCGUAUAUCACCUACCUAUAUGAUCCACUUCAAGCUGCUAAUGGAAAGGAUAUCGAAUCGUCCUUUCAUAUGCUUGCUCGAACACAUACGUUUACCAACAGAAUUCGUAAAAUUAUCAUUUUCCUACGACACGAGUAAGACUGAACUACCAAUCGUUAUUAAUUAUGAAUGGAGAAUUGGAGAGGCUAUGACAAUUGAAUGAUUCCAGACACAUGGAUGACUAGAAAAAUUGAAUUGAAUUAAUACGUGGCAAGACUGUAAAAGACGUUGAAGCAUCUGUCAUUGUGUACGAGCGUUUACGCGAGGCUGUCUUCUUCCUCGGAAUGAAAACCUUCUACACGACUUUUAAUUAGUUGAUGAAUCGUCAACCAAUCGGGUUAAUACGUGCAAGUCUUUUGUACACUAAAACGAUAAAAUUUUAUGUUAAAAUAAUAUUCAUUUAAGUUUUAGAUGAUUAAACGAGCAGAAAAAAAUAAAUAAAAGCACGUUAAUAAAUAUUAUACAUGUACAUACUAUAAUAUGAUAAAUAAGAUUGAAGUUUAAAAAUAAUAAAAAUACAGCAGAACAAGUGUUCUGCCGGACUGUCGUUGAGUAUAAAAUUUGGUUACUUGUAAAUAAACUGAUAAUGAUUACUAAGGCAAAAAAUAACUGUACGUAGUUCAGUGUAAUAUACAACAUAUUGUGGGUGAAUUUUUUCAAAUAAUUCAGAAAAAGUAAACUGCAGAUUGUAUCAAGAGCCAAAAGUAACUAUAAAUGUGCCAACUCAUGCGUAUAUAUGUAUAUAUAGAAAUUUACAAGCAUGACUGUUAUAUUUUUAUCCCUUUGAUGUGAUCUUACUUUGAUACCACCUAGCAGCUCUGAUCAGGUUACCACUUUUUUCGAGAAACGUAUAUAUACGUAUAACUCGGUCAAAGGGGUUUCAAUAUUUAGGACCUUUUUCAAAGGAAGCUCGCGUAUCUUUUAUCCGACUUGGACGUAUCUACGUACCUGCUCGUAUGCUCGACAGGGUGAAAUGAAUUCCCUAAUACCUCAACUUAACGUUCUAGAACUGCAGGGUUGAAAAUAUUACCUACCUGUUAUUCGAUUGCGUAUAGAACCAGCCGCUCAAUUCGGUUUAUGAAGAUUUCAUCUUCGUUUCUCACUUUCAUGCAAAUAUGACAAAAAACAAUUCUCUAACUAUUUCUACACAGUGAGCAGCCUUGCCAUUUUUAUUCUCAUACGAACAAACUUGACGAAUCGCAACGGGGGAAUUUGGUACGGUUGGAAAGAAUCUGUUGAAUCGAAACACAAUUUGAUAAACCGUCAGUCGCGUUCCACCUACACACUGUUUAAAUCCUUUUUCUAUCACCAGCGCGCCCCAUUACCAUAAAUUUCAAAUGAUACUUUUACAAUUCCGGUACAACGUCCGCAAGCCUCGAACAAUUUUGCUGCAGGGUUUUAUUAUCACCGUGCCGACGUGCUCUAUCGAAUGAAAUUCCAGAAUGACAAUUAAAUUUACGUGCAUAGGCAGUAAAAUUUUAUUCAACCAAAUUAUUUGGCAGGAAAAAAUAACGCUACAUUAUUGAUUUGGUGGGAUUUUAUGCUCGUGUCGUAGAUUUGUCGUUAAUUUGGUAAAUUCUUAAAAGUGCAUUCGGGUAAGCUAUCCCUCAUCGAUUUUCUUUGUUCAAAGGCAGGAAUAUUGCCGCGACCCAGUUACUGCAAAAUUUAGAUAUCGACAUGGGUACGUAUUCUGGUUUAAACGCAACAGUCAUGUGAUGAGUCAGGGGCACGGUAUCUCUGCCAGCAUGUACCCAAUUAGUACAAUGAUCGUCACACCGCGCUAACUGCCAAAACUGUUUGUUUGCAAAGGUAAUCGAAUAGAUUCCACUGAAACUGCUAAAUGCGUUCAUCGCGCCACGCGUUCGGUCAUAUAAUAGGUGGGUGGGAUUGAAAUUCCCAAUUUAAAAAGUUACAAAAGUGCCAAAUUCCUAAGUAUUUUGUCGUGAAAUUUGAAGUGAGGACAUUAAACCAUGACAAAACAUCAAAGUUUCGAAUAGUCCGAAACCUGACGCUCAAAGUUCCGAAACUUCGAAAAUGAGAAAAUUAAAAAAUCUGAUCGAAGAUUUUCAGUUCUAUGAAUUUCUGACUUGUUGAAAUUUCACCACUUUGAUCUUAAUUUGUUUCGGAUUUCCUAUAUUUUUAAGUUCGGAAUCCUGGUCAUUCUGACUUUCGGUUUUUCUGAUUUUUUAAACCCACUCGUUGAGUAAACUACGCUGUGCGAGUAUAUUUUAACUUUCGGAACAUUACUCCAUGGAAACUUUAGUUUUCGGAAUUCUGCUCUAUCGUAGCUUGAAUUUUUGGAAUCUUGCAUUUUGGAACUUUGAGCCGUCGGGUUUCCGACCAUUCGAAACUUUGUUGGUUCUUCAAAGUCCGAUUUCUUUGCUUCGAGUUUCGCCACCAAAUAAUUCGGAAUUAAGCGCUUCGAAAACUUUUCAAAUUCAGAACUUCAACCCCACCCUCAUACGUAUUUAAAAAAUUCAAAAAUAAAGUACACAUAACCAUCGAAAACAACCAUUACUCCUGUUAUCUUUCUCUUCCUCAAAGCACGGCGAGAGUUUAACGAAACCACACAGUUCUGCGCAACGAGAUGAACUCGAACAAAACUAUUUCAACCCUGCGGACAGGUCGUACAAGUCUUCAAACUUUGGGUGAAACUUGCUCUCGAAGUUUGCGAAAGAAUGCAUAGCUCGGUACACCGCGAUGUUUAAACAAAAUGGCUGCAUGCAUACGAGGUACAUCGAGCAGCGUGGCAGAUGCCGUGAUACUCGCUAUAUCCACAAUAUCCGUUAAUAAUGUUAUAGAUUGGGCCGAUGAUCGUUGCCAUAACCAAUCAACGAACGUUCAAAUUCAAUCGACUAGUGGAAGCUCUGUGCGUGUAUUAAUACAUACAUUUAUAUGUGUGUGUGCGAUAAAAUAGCUAUUCCAUUGCCAUUAUCAAUUUGGAACGAGCGCUCUUAUGAUACUUUAUUAUCUGUAUUUCGCUAAAGCUGAGCUCGGUUAUCGAGAGGCAAUCAAUCGAAUCGACGCAAUUGAAUUGACCCGAUAUUAAAGAACGAACGAAAAGAGCUAAUAAAAAAAUCAGAACGACUUUUGCGUUAAAAUUUUCAGACGAGAAUCGGAUUAUUUGGGCAGUGUAAUAAUGAAUUCCGUCUCUGGCGCGAAAUUAACGAAGCGAUCAAGGCGCGAUUCUCGGAUGGAAUUCUCACAAGCCAAUAGAUGUAAAGCGAGAAUGAAAUCGCGCAUUCUUCGAGUGCUUCGGCACUGAAUUAAUACGACGCAGCUUAUCUCGAUGUUUACAUAGAACAUGAGUACGGAAUGUACAGGGAUGUUGAAUAAAUGAAUAGAUAAAUAAAAUGCCUCGAAGGGGGAACGCACGUGUAAGCAGGAACGACUGUUCUUUCAUUAGGCGUAGAGUGUGAUAUACAUACAUAUACACAUAAAUAUUAUAAUGCGAGGAGAUAAAAUCCAUAGCACCUACCGACCCUAAUACCUAUUCGUAUUUUGUUGGAUACAGCGGCUGCAGUCAUUCGUAUAACGAUAAUAUGUUUAUCCGUAAAAUAAAUUGUAUAUACUUAUACAU